GGUCCUUGGUUGCAAGUUGCAAGUUUUGGUUAUGUUUAUAUUUCAUAUUUUGUUUUUGUGACACUGUGACUUUAUCUUUAUCCGGUAAUUAUGUAAUUCCUUAUUAUUAUCAUCUCAGAUUAUGUUUAUAUCAUAAAUAUAAAAUUGAUAGAAGAAAAUUGUUUUAUAAAUUCCAUAGAAGCUCCAGUAAUACCAUGUGUGAAGACCGAAAGGCUAAUAAUAUUAUUUCAUUGGUGAUGUCUUGUAAAAAUAAUUAUAAAAAUUAACCAGAAAUUAACUUAUCAUGGAAAAUAUGGGAGAGCUACCUGAAACGCUCGCCAACAAUAAUCUCAAUUACCAAUUUGAAGCAUUGAUGGACCACGUGAAUUGUCUUACUGAGAAAUACGCAACUUCUGCAAGAGAAAACUUCGAGAAGCUUGAUUUUCUAGGCUUCAAUUCAGUGACAAACUUGGAAACUGAGAUCAUCAAGGACAAUAUUGAUUUAAUUCAGAGAUUGGGAAUCGAGAACGUUUCGCCAGAAUGCAGUAGUAUAUCGGAAAUAUCAAAUGAAGUAAUUUGCACGUUGAAUGAACAGAGGCACCUGACUGCACUCAGGGCUGCAAACGCUAAAGAAGAGGAGAAAAUAGAUCAACUCGAAAAAGCAAAACUGUCUUUGAAAUGCAACCUAGAAAAGCAAAGGACAAACUUCAAGACAAAGAUAGAUGUCAUUGCAAAAAUUGAUCCGAAAAUUCUUUCACGUCAGGAUAAUGGACUUCAAGACUCACACGUUUUGACAUCAGCAUUUCAAAGACUCAAUUUGGAUAAGAGCAAUAUUUUUGAAAGUCCUGAUGAGCUGCUUGAAAAAGAAAUGAGAAAUUCGAAGAUCGAGAAGGAGAUUACAUCUAUUGAAAAGGAACUGAAAAAGUAUGACGAUCUACCUAGUGAUCUUUGCUUGGCCAAGAAUAUGCUCUCACAAGCUCAAAAGGAAUGCAAACUAUUGGAGAACGAAGUACAAGAGCAUUUCAAAGCAAAUUCAUACGUGUCAUAAUCAAAAACUCUAGGUAUUUAUUUAUGUUUUUAAUUAAUACAAACAAUAAUAUAUUAAACAAAACUGUCUAUCCAUUUGGACUUAUAUAUUUGGACAAUAUAUUCGGUGUUUAUAAACUAGUUCAUAUUUCCAAAAACUAUUUCUUUUUUAUUUUAUCGAUUCUAUUUUUGAGUUUCUUUGGAGUAUUUCGAUUGAAGAAAUCAUAACAUGGAUGGAUGAACAUGAGUGAAUAAUUUUUUUUCAUGUGUUUCGUUUUGUUUUAUUAAUUAUAAUUUAAUAAUUAGUGUUCUGCUAAAUAGCUUGAAAUGUAAAUUAUCCUAUAUUUUCCAGUUUAUCAAUAAAUACCUGUUACAGAAGUAUUGUUACUAUUGUUAUUUAUUAUCUGUGAAUAGUUACGAAAAAUAUUGAGAAAAGAAUGUUUUCUCUAUUAUUUUGAUAGCACUUUUCCAUAGUAUAAUUUAUAACAAGCAAAUUGUCUGUGAAGCAGAUUUAUUUUCAAUUUGAUUUGCAUUGUGUUUUUGAAAAUAUAGUUUUAUUUACUAUUACUAGUGACUUAAGCAACAAGCAAAUUGAGUAACUCACAGAUACUUUAGUAAAAAAACUUUACAUACAAUUACAAUAAAAAUAUUUGAUGUUCUCCUCGAUCUUUUAAAUGUCGAUCACAUUUUGUUAAUAAAAAUGUACUCAUUUUUUGAGUGAAUAGCAAAAUUCAA